AAUAAAAUAACAAGUUCAAAGAUCACUAAAAAAGAAAAAGAAAAUAAAAUAAAAUCUCUCUGAGGUUGUCUCUGUGUGUCAACUCUCAACUCUUCCAUUGAAAAAUGUCACAAACGACAGAACCACCGUUCCUCCUCCGACGAAGGAAGAAUGAUCUCCCAGACGACAUCGUACUCAACAUCCUGACAAGGCUGCCUGCCAAAUCACUCAUAAGAUUCAGGUGCGUUUCCAAACCCUGGGACUCCUCAAUCACCAGCUCCUAUUUCAUCUCAACUCACCUCAAUAACUUAGCUCAUGAUAAUGAUAAUGAUAAUGGCGAUGGUGAUGGUUACAUCAUACACAUGCCGUGGCGUACACAUGAAACCAUGAAUUCUUCUAACAGACCAGUUUGUACGAUCGCUUUUGACCGCACGUUUGAUAGGAUUUCUGAGGUUGAAAUUCCCUUUGAUUUUCCUUCUGGGCGUGCUCUUAUAGUCGGUUCCUGUAAUGGGUUAUUGUGUCUUGCUGCUAAUAGGGGUCUAAACAUUUCUGAUUACGUUAUAUAUUUGUGGAACCCCAGCAUUAGAAAAUUCCAGAGGUUGCCUGAUUCUUGCUUAGGAAAGUUGGGUUUUGCUAAACUCGGAUUUGCGUAUCAUUCGGAGAACAAUGACUACAAGGUUUUGAGGAUUUCGAGUUAUCCUACGGUGAGACCGUCUGUGCCUGAUGAGAUUGAGGUGUACUCGUUAAGUUCAGAUUCAUGGAGAAGGGUUGGGAUGUCAUUGAGAUCCAAUGUUAGUAAUAAAAGUUUUUUUUUACCAGCUGCAUUGGUUAGUGGAGCUUGGCACUGGAUCUCACGUGUCAUAGAAGGAGAAGAGGAGCGCAAGGUUGAAUUGAUUAUGUCAUUUGAUGUCAAUAGUGAGGAAUUUAGAAUGUUAAGAAUGCCUGAUGGUGCUAUGUCAAUAGUGAGAUUUCAGACACGUCUUGCAUCAUUCAAGGGGAAACUGGCUCUCCUUACAUGUGGACAAAGUGAACAACGUGGUGGCUGCCUAUACUCCAUCUGGGUGAUGAGGGAGUAUGGCGUGCUUGAGUCUUGGAAUAAACUUUUUGUUGUACCACUUGAGAGAUUAGCUUUCUGCAUUGGCUUCACCAUGUAUGGUUCACUUUUGCUUCGCUGUCCCCAGUCCAACAAUCAAGCAGACAAGUUUGUUUUAGUUGACACUAAAAAUCUACAUGCGAAGGAUUCUGAUAUCCAACAUCCUUCAUGUGUGGCUACUUUCAUGGAGAGCCUUGCUUUACUUGAUGGAGCAAACAUGGUGUCUUACUAAGCAGAUGGUGGCAUGCAUAUUAGAAGUGAAGUCCUUAGUGGUAUGGAUGAAAUUUCCUUUAGUAGCAAGAAUGAUAGCAUUGCGAAAAGCUUGAUUUUUAUCCCAGUUUUACAAUAUCCUUUUUGUGGCUACUAUAUAUUAUUAUAUGACAUUUCUUUUUGGACCUUUUUUGUGCACAAGCCUAGAUUUGGCCAUGUGACAAUGUCAAUAGUAAACAGUACUUGGUAAACAUAAUCCUUAUUUGCUUAUGUUUCCCUCUGAUAGUGUUAUAAAGAUCUAGAUUAUUGCUAUCUUGACUACAAUUUAGAAGAAGAAAUGACCAAAAAAAAAAAA